CUGUGGCUCAUUCAGACCUAUAUAUGCACAUCAUUUAUGCCGUCUUUCAGUCAGUGGUGAGGAUACUGCACAGUCCGUUUCUAAGCUCUCCAGUGCGCGCAGCUCUCCGCGUUGCGCGUGAUUGAGGAGAUAUCCACCGCACGUUCGUUCUUUCACAAGGCUUUUUAUUCACACAUAUCCACGGGGCAGAGUCACAUUUGCGUGCAUCUGUCACUAUGUGAGUCGCGGGACGUGGAAAACUUUCUGCAUAACACAGCGAGGAAUAUUUAGUGAGAAUGCGCUUGGAGGAUCUGAUGGAGAAAAGAACAUGAAUACUGAGUUGUUCAGAAAUUGCCGGGCACGCUUACUGAAUUUUUUGACUCUAUGGAUUGGUUUUAUAUAAGGGUCUAUAUUGAUAAAAGCAAUUUGGAGUUGAAGAACGUGCAGUGCCCUUUUUAGAAACUAAUCAAAAAGUUACAUCAUAAUCCUGUCUUAUCGUUUUUUCACGAAGUCAUGCUGAUGCGAAGCCAAGCUGUACGGUGGGUCGUUUUUUUGACACUUUGCCUGGUUUUGGUCAAGGGCUUCCCCACAAAAAAGCGCAGAGCGAAUCACAUCAAAAGCAGGAGCAGUGCUUCUGCAGAGGUUCAAGGUCAUGGCGGCUCCAAAGAUGCCAGACAGACACUGUUGGAAAUUCAGCAGCACAAUCAGCUAAGGAGCAUCCCGGAUUCACCUCGACGCUAUAAGAGGAGAUGGUCGCAGAUUCGCUCUGAAGGAGUUCUCCCCAAACCUGCUCCGCAUGAGGAAGAGGAACCUUUCGUUUUAGACCUGAAGAACUUUCCUGAUCUUGCCAAUGCAGACCUGGGCUCCCAGAACCCAAAUAUUCAAGUCACGAUUGAAGUUGUGGAUAACCCUCAGAUGGAGGUUGAGAUGGAUCUGGUCAAGGAGGACAGGAACGACUGGUCUUUGAGCUCUGAAGAAUUCCUGGGCCAUAAAAAGCUUUUCUGGCCUCUGUUCUGGGAAUACCAUGACUCCAGUGAAGAAAAUCAAGGAAGUUUGGAGGAGAACGGAGAAGGUUUUGGCUAUGAGGGAGAAGAUUCAUUUUGGAGUGGCGUGGGUGCUGAUUGGAACAGGCGAUGGAAUGGCUGGGACACCAUGGACAAUUACGAAUACGAAGAAGAGGAAUGGAGCGACUGGUCACCAUGCAGUGCCACCUGUGGCCAGGGCAACCAGAAGAGGAUUCGUUCAUGUGGCUAUGCCUGCACUGCUACAGAAUCACGGACAUGUGACCUAGAGCGAUGCCCAGAUGACAUUUAUGAUGUGACGGAACCGACUCUUCUUGAUACGUCAAACAGUACAGAGCUUUUUGACACAGAUGUCGACAGCUGUGAGAAGUGGCUGAACUGUAAGAACGACUUCCUCCAGAAGUACCUGCACCAAGUCCUGACCGGAUUACCCAGCUGCCCUUGCGUCUACCCGUCGGAGGCCGUCUACAGCGCCGUCAACAUUUUUGAUAGGAAACUGCAAAAAACGUUUCGCUGGCGAGACGCCAGCGGCCCCAAAGAGAGGCUGGACAUCUACAAGCCAUCCGCAAAGUUCUGCGUCCGUUCGAUGCUCUCGUUCGACAGCACCACGUUGGCGGCUCAGCACUGUUGCUAUGACGAUCAUAUGAAGCUGAUCACACGGGGCAAAGGGGCCGGAGCCCCCAACCUCAUCAGUACGGAGUUUUCUCCGGAACUACACUACAAAGUUGACGUGCUCCCCUGGAUCCUCUGUAAAGGAGAUUGGAGUCGGUUUCAUUCGGUGCGACCGCCCAACAACGGUUUACAGUGUGUUGUGAAUCCACAGGAUGAUGUCUACAUGAAUGAACUCGAAGAGGCCAGAGAGUACUAAUCUAAUGCUAAGAUUAGUUUAUUUACGAUAUAUUUAUGCAUUUGGCCAAUGCUUUUUCCAAAGUGACUUGGAAACUGUAAAUUCAACAGCUUAAAUUCAAAUGGAUGUUUGAUUUCUUGUUUGAUGGAGGACAUUACCGAACAGUAUUGAGGAUUUUUUAGUAUAUGCAGUGAAUGCAAACCUCCCCAUCAAUUAUGAAGGCAACAAAAGCUUCCUGCUUUGAUCUGAGUUGUCAUUGGUCAAGAAACUCUUUAGCGGAGACCUAAUAUAGAGUUGGGGAGAAGUUCAUCUGGAAAGUUACUUAAAGUAACAUCUGGACUGGGGCUAAGCCUAAGAUACUGUCACAAGCUGUUAUGUACAGCUGAACUGCAAUAACACUGGUUAAACAUGUUGGUCCAGAGCCCAGAUCUGAGGACUGUGAUGCAAUUUUCUUUGUUUUGUUUUUUUUUCUCUCUGUGACGAUACAUGCAAAGUCUAACAAGGUUCAGCGAAUGGCAAGUUGGCUGUAUUUUCAUUGGACUUAUGUUUGUUUACCUUCAGUUUCCUCAAAGACUCAGAUCUGCCAUUAAAGGAAUUCCAGUAAAGCUGCUAAAAUUGCGACAUAUUAAAAAACGCAACAGAAUGCCGAUUUUGUUGACUUUAGACCUGAAGCUGGAUCCUGGCCUAGGAUCAGUCCAAACAAAUCAAACACAAUCCGCGGUGCCGCUUGCAUACAGAUUCAAAAUAUUUCGGCGAAUAGUUCAUCUCUUUUGGAGCUUGUGUAUUGUUGUUUUAAAUAUACACAGACCUUGUGUCACGGGACGAUAUAUUUAUACAGAACCAUUUGACCUCUACCUUCAGCGAAGAAGUGCGCUAAACCACAAUUAGGGAAUCUGAGACGGAGUACAGGACCUUUAUUUGAACUUAGCAAUGGGUGGCAUGUUUUAAAAAAUCGUCGGUAUAAUUGGAUCCUAUUUUCUUUUCUUUUUGCCUUUCAACACAACACAGCUUUGUAGUGAAUGCAAUACGAGACACUCACUUGACACCGGUGUAGGGGUUUGGCCAAGCUUGGUUGACGGAUUGAAGCUUUCCUAAAAGGUGAAUGAACGUCUUGUUAAAUACAAAGCCUCUUUCAACAUCUGAGUUCAUCCUUGAGUCUUAAUCAAUCCUGGAGGCUUAUGGGAUGUUGUUGGACCCUAGUCACCUUUGUCAGCAUGCCCGUUUAUCACAAUGUCUUUUAGUGAGAUGUUAAAACGGUAUGCGGUUGAUGUAAUUCCUAAAUACCAGACAAACACCUGUAUAAACGCCCACCUCGGAUGACGUCUUAAUGUGUAAAUUAAUGCAGUGUGUACUCUUUGCAUGAUGUAAUGUGGCGGAAGUCAAGAUAUUGAACCGGAAAUUAAAAGGUUUAGUCUCAGGUGGGAUACUGAAAGUUAAAGACCUCUUUUUUUUAAUUAACCCUUAUGUGGUUGUUGGGGCCAUUUUUGGCCUUUUUUGUCUUAAUUUGGCCACAACUUUCUCUGUGUUUCAGCAAAUGGAAUGAUUUUUGUUGACAAAUCUUAUAUUUACACAUAAUCAUACAUUAUUGAUUGUUGGUGUUUGUUCCUUUUGCAAAGAGGUAAAAUUUGUCAUUUUUACUGUUGAUCAUCAUGUGACACCAUUAACCCUUUAGUAGGCCUUUGCAAAAAACAGAGCUUAAUUUCUGGCUUGUACAUUGAGUUAUAUCCAGUCCACAAUCACAUUUUAUAUUGAAAAUCAGUCAUUUUGUGUUUUCCCUAUAUCAGUGACAUCACUUAUGAACUUGGCAAUUAAAGAGUUAAAGUCAUGGAAUUUUUGUAAACAUGUGGUAGUUUUGAUCAAUACUGCGGUUGAUUAACAGAUUUAUGCAAAAAAUUUAAAAAAUUAAGCUGAUACAUAUUUACAGCCGUUUAAUUUAGUGACCUUUAUUGGCCACUAACAACAUGAAAGGGUAGUGAAUUUGAAUAAUGCACAAGGGUUAAAUGAAUAGUUUAUACAAAAAUGAAAGUUCCUUUAAAUUAUCAUUUAAGGUCCUAAAUAAUCCUAAAUCAUUACAUUACUGUGGUUUUAGUUUUGGUUUGGACUUUUCAUACAACUUUGUGGAUCCAAGCAGAUUUUUAUGAUGUAAAACACCAAUAAUCAAUGCAUCUAUCCAAAAGUUUGGCAUGCUUUAGUACUUCAGAUCAUUAUUUUGUAAGGUCUUUCAUCUCAGUCUCAAGACAUCAGUAUUUAGCCCUGCGUCUCAAGAUCAGCAUUCUUUUCGAGUUUAUUCCUAUCUUUAAAUAAACCACAAACCCUAAAACUGCUGAUCGGGGUCCUUGGGUUCACUAAAGAAGGUCUUUAGGAUCGAGCACCCCUGCCUUGCGCACAUUAGCAUCGCUUGUGAUCACUGUCAGACCUGAACAAAACCAUGAAGAUAUUUUCAUUGAACUAACAAGUGCCAGGCAUGAAAACAUCAUGCCGUCUGUGUUUCGUCUUGAAGCCUCUCUUUGCAUUCAAACCCUUAGUUAUGGUGUAUUUGCUUGACAUGUGUUUCAUGAGCUUUUUGGUGUGUGCGAGCUUUUUGUCUGAAUGUCUAAAUUCUGUAGCAGGUCAGUAAAUCUCAAUUUGGUUGCCUGGGUAUUGACUUUUGGCUUGUGAUCAAUAAUAUAUUUGAGGUAACAUCUGUCUAGUUCAUUCCUAAACUCUCUGCACUCACUCAGGGAGAGAUCGGGAAAGCUAUGCCUUUGUUGAGACUAAACGGCACAUUUAAGGGUUUUUUUUUUUUUGGUGUAAGAAUAACCUGAUCUAUGGGAUUGAUUAAAGUUGACCUGUAAUACGUUUUUUUUUUUUUUUGGUACAUUUGAUUUAUAUGAUGCUUCACCUUUCAGAACUUCAAAUAGAAAGGCACUUUAUUUAAUAUACAGUAUACUGUAUGUGUGUGUAUAUAUAAUCGUAUAUUGAAUUAUACAUGUAAUGUACAAUGUACCGUACUGUUUAUAAUAUUAUAACGUGAUAAAAGAAAUGCUGCGUUCUUUAAGGAUAUUGUAUGUAAUGUAAAAUGAUUGGCAUGUCAAUUUUUACUUUAGAUAUAUUGUUGUACAGUAUUUAUUGUUUUUGUAACCGUUACUAUCAAGUGGAUGAUCAAAUAACUCCAUGCACUAUGGUCCGUCAAAAGAAAACAUUCAAGUGCCACACCAAACACUGCUCUUCUUCAAUAAUGUUUCUCCUGUCUAUCAUCAACUGUCUUUGUAUCAAACCCUAUGUG